CAUGAAUACUGUCACUAUAAAUGGACUGGCAGUUCACCACAUGCGCUCACUCUCCCUGUCUCUCAUAUGCUGCCUUGAGAAUGAAGACCUUCAUGAAGAUUUCAUCACUGUUUCUGAUGCUGUACUGUGUUCUGCAGCUUACCUCAGCUGGCACAAUGUCGGUUGACUUGGCAAACAGUAUCUGUUGCUUUAAUGAAACCAGUCCAAUACCUCUGAGACAGCUGCAGUCUUAUUUCUGGACAAGUAGUAUUUGCCCCCUCAAACACGUUGUGUUCGUAACAAUUAAGAAGAAACAAUUCUGUGCAAACCCUGCGAGUGCCUGGGUCAAGCGGGCCAUAGAGCACGUAGACAAUAAACAGGCUUCAAAUUCAGCAAAAUGAAACUUGGAAGAUAUUGUCUGAUUAGAAUUUUAAGAGAAACAUUUCAGUGCUAUUAUUGGACAUUAUUCUAUUAUUAUUUGCCUUGCUGAAUAUUAUCUAAGUAUCUGCCAUUUACCAGCUAUCAGGUUUAGAUUACUUUACCGUUUUAUUGGAUUUUGUGUCCUGUAGCAGUUUUUGUGUAAAUAGUAUUUACUUAUGUUUUAAUGAUAUAUAUAUUGUAGGUCUUUGAUUUAUUUUUCCAUUGUUUCCAAGUAGUUUUUCUAAAAAGCAUCUUGUAAAUAUUUUUUGUUUAAUUUUUUUAUGAACAGAAGAAUACUGAAUAUUGUAAUAUUCUAAAGUCAUUAUUUAUAUUAUUAUUAUUGUUAUUGUUGUUAUUAUAUGAAAAUAGGACACAACAACUUUUUGACUAUUCCACUAGAGGGCACAUGCCUCAAACUGUUGGCUAUAAGAAAACGGCUUCAUUUAAAGGUAAUGUCAAGAGCUGAUUUUGUAAAGUUGUUUUUUUUCAUUGAUUGUGGAGGGCUAUACCACUUGCUGGACAUACGAAGUUGACUGUGCAUUUAAACAUAGCCCAGAUUAUCUUAAUAAAUUGUAAUUUUACAAUGGA